GGGAUCGCUCGGGAUGGGCGCGGGCUGUCUCCGGGCGGGGCGGGGGCCGCCGGGGCUGGCAGCCGGGAGGGUGCGCGCCGCCGGUCCCGGCCGCGGGAGGUGCCGGCGCCGCCGCCGUCCCGCUGCCACCGGGUAUCUCCCGUUCGGGGCGCGGGCUCCGUCUCCCUCUCUGCGCGUUGGGGGGAUGAUUUAGCGCUUUCCGUCCGGUCUUGUCCCAAACGCCGUGGGCUAGUUUCCUUGUCGGUGCGAGGAAGCCAUACAUGUGCGCCCCGCUCUCCCAAACAACAAAAUAAGCGAACAAAAAUCCUCCCCACAGUUCUCAGCUGUUGAAUUCACAGCCAGUGAUUUUGGCUUCUUAACCAGAAUGGGGAAAAUAUUGUGAGAGAAGUUUUGCCUGAGCUGGGGGGAACAGGAGGCAGAAUGACUUUAACAUGAGGAUGUCAGGGGCAUCUGUGUGAGCAUCUCAGCCCCUGAAGGUCCCGUGGGACAGCUGGGGCACGGGGCUCCGGGGGACAGCAGUCAGGCAGUGCGUGCUCUCUGGCAGGUGUUAGAGGUUUGUACCACUGCCCAAAGCGUUCAGGUUUGCUCCAUUUGUGUGCACUCACAUGGCUUUCCGAGCACUGGAAACUCACCUGCUGGCUCUUGCCCAGAUGCGUUUGCUCCGUUCCUGGGAAGCUUCCUGAAGUUUCUCCUUCCAGACAGGUUUGGGUGAGACUUAACCUGCCAGUGGGAUGUCCAAUGUGGUGGGAGCGCAGAGUGCCACAGGAGCUUUAAACCUGGUCCUUGGGCUCAGCUCUCUCCCUGGCUGUAUCUCCAAGAACAUCUUUAGAAGCUCUGUGGAAAAAUAGCACCAUUUCUGCCAUGGACCAGCAGCCCGCUGUGCCAGUAUGACCCUAUCCCUAGGCCAGAGCAUAUCCCUGAGGCACAGAACUUCCAGUCCCAGCAGAAGACACGAGGGAGGAGGUCAGGACGUACGGAACUCCUAGGCUGGUCAGAAGGCACACUGUGAAAGGUAAAUGGGAGAUUUGGAGACUAGCUUAAUCCAUACACGAAAAACAUGUAGAAUAGAGCAAAUGGUAGCAAAAUGGCUUCAUCGUUCUCGGGACAGCGCACCCAGGGGCAGUGUGCCUGUGAUGGACGGUGCCGGGGACAGUGCAACCCAGCCGCCCAGCCAGGUCAAAGUGACCGUCACCGUGUACAAGGACCUCGUCCUGCAGCACUAUGGCUUCGAGAUCUGCCCAGGCCUUCCCCUGACCAUUGCAUCCGUCACUCCAGGGAGCACGGCCGAGGGGAAGCUGCAGCCAGGUGACCAGCUCCUCACCAUCAACUCCACCACAGUGCACAGCGUGUCUGUGGAACGGGCAGCCAGCAUCAUCAGGGAGGCCGGUGAUGAGCUGCUCCUGACCGUCCUGCGCUGCACAUCCGGUGGCCCCAAGUCAUCGUUCCUCACCGCAGAGAAGAGGGCGAGGCUGAAAACCAACCCCGUCAAAGUGCGGUUUGCGGAGGAGGUGCUGCUGAACGGGCACUCCCAGUGCCUGCCGGAUCCUGCUGUGCCACUGGGAACGGAGCGGUGCUCCCAGGCCACGUGCAGCUGCUGCACUGCCCGGAGUGUUACGGGGAGCUCCCUCCUGUUCAUGCCCAAUGUUCUUAAGGUGUACCUGGAGAAUGGACAGACAAAGGCAUUCAGGUUUGAGAGGAGCACCACAGUGAAGGACAUCGUGCUGACGCUGCAGGAGAAGCUGUCCAUCCGCAGCAUCGCCCACUUUGCGCUGGUGCUGGAGGAGCAGUACAACCUGGCCAAGAUCCACCUGCUGCACGAGGAGGAGCUCAUUGCACAGGUGGUCCAGAAAAGAGACUCUCAUGACUACCGCUGCCUCUUCAGAGUGUGCUUUGUCCCCAGGGACCCCUUGGACCUCCUGCAGGAAGACCCAGUGGCCUUUGAAUAUCUGUACCUGCAGAGCUGCAGCGAUGUGCUCCAGGAAAGGUUUGCAGUGGAAAUGAAGUGCAGCGUGGCAUUACGUCUGGCUGCUCUGCACAUACAGGAGAGGAUCUACACGUGUGCUCAGCCACAGAAAGUGUCCUUGAAAUACAUCGAGAGGGACUGGGGAAUCGAAAACUUCAUCUCACCCACCCUGCUUCGAAACAUGAGAGGGAAGGACAUCAAGAAAGCCAUCAGCUACCACCUGAAGCGGAACCAGGUGCUGCUGGACCCUCGGCAGAAGCACACGCUCACAGCAGACCAGGUGCGCCUGAACUACCUGCAGAUCCUGGGAGAGCUGAAGAUGUACAGUGGGAAGAUCUUCAAUGCCACCAUGAUGCUGCAGGACAGGGAGUCGUACGUGGCAUUGCUGGUGGGCGCCAAGCAUGGCGUGAGCCAGAUCAUCAACAGCAAGCUCAACAUUGUCACCAGCCUGGCCGAGUUCCCCAGCAUCAGCAGGGUGGAGCUCAGCGAGGAGUCCGAGCGAGUGAGCACUGUCAAGAUCUACCUGCAGGAUCUGAAGCUGCUUACUCUGCUGCUGGAAUCAAACAGUGCAAAGGAUCUCGUCUGCCUCAUCGUUGGUUACUACAGGCUCUUUGUGGAUGCAAACGCUUCCAUAUUUACCUGGGGAGAGAAAAAACAGCAACUGCACCGUGUCUCAGCUGAAGAAGGGUAUGAAUCCCGAGCCUGCAGCGACUCUGAGGAUUCCUGGGACCCGAAUUCCUCCUCGGAGCGUCGCACGGACACCGCUGUGGCGUGUGGCGGUGCGGAGGGGCAGGGAGAGCCCAGCAGCCCCGGGGGGAGCAGCGCAGAGCCCCCGGCUGGCAGCGGUGACCCUCGGGACGGCGGUGACAACGCCACCGACAGCACAUCCGAGGCGUCCGACUCGGCCAACACCGAGAGCCGAGGGUUCAAGACGAGCGGCUCCAGCGACUCCAUGGAUGCGCUGGAGGAAGACGAGCUGGAAGCGUGCUCCUCCUCCAGGCCAGAGCUGUUCCACUUUUACACGCCGACCGUGCAGGAGAUGAGCAGCUCCGAGAGGAGCUUCGUGCCGGUGUGUGCGGCGGGGAGCCCCGGCGGGGCAGGGGCCGGGGACUAUUUCUGCUUCCUGCAGGUGCCGCCGGCAGAGCAGGCGGGGCCCGGGGGCAGCCCCCCGGGGCAGGGCGAGGGGGCGUCCACUCUGGAGGCCAGGCUGUCCGAGGUGGACACCGCGGGCUACUACAGCCUGUGCUACAGCACAUCCCCCGCGAGCAGCGCGCAGGGACACGGUGCUUCAGCCCAGGAAGGGCGCAGCACAGGGGACAGCGACAUCGUCCUGAGGCCACCCCCGGGCUUCAGUGACUCCAGCUCCGAGGAGGAGUUCUACGAUGCUGCGGACAGGCUCAGCCCCCGCGACACGCUGGCAGGCUAUGAUAUGGCAUCCUGGAAGGGCACAGAGAACUCCUCCUGCGUCCUAAAGAGGCUGAGGUGCUACAGCUUGGGGGAGAAGCCAUUGAUGAGGGAGAAGCACGGGCAGGAGAAGGAGCUGACCUACACCAAGAGCCUGAGGAAGAGAAGGUCUUUCCUGAAAACUGAUUACACCUCACAGGUCAGUUUUCCUGCGGCUAUCCCGGGCUCUCCACAGCGCUGCUGCUCCUGGCCGCCCACUCAGCCCUCUACAGAGGACACAGGGAAAGACAUGGAGAUCAGGCUUCCUGUGGCCACCCAGGCCCAGAGGGACACUGCUGGCACAGACCUCUGCUCUGACCCGAUGAAGAUGGAGCCUGGCACGAUGGAGACAAAGUCAAUGAGGGAAUGGGUGAUUUCCUCCAUUUCAGACAUUCACCAUCCUGGUGACCAGUGUGGGGAUGAGGACAGCAGCCUCCAGCCAGAACACUCCCCUUUGCUGUCCCUAGAGCCUCUUCCCAGAGGUCAGAGUGGAGCUGCCCAGGAAAGCUCCCCAGCAGAGACAGAUCCUGGGUGUCUGAGCGAGGAAAGCUGUGUGCCCACUGGAGGCUGGCAGACCCAAGGGGCAAAGGAGGAUGGGGGUGAGGUGGUGGCCGCACAGCACAAGGCCAGUGUUGUGCCCUCUGCUGUGGUCUGCCCUUCUGACAAUAUCCUGCUGCUGCCACCAGGUCCUGUCCACAGCACAGCCCCUCCCCGGGAUCUGGCCCAGGACCAGGGGCCUCUCCCUGUGAGUGUGGAGCCUUCACUGGCUCCCUGUCAGGAGAGCAAAGCCGAUGGUCAGAGCUGUAUCAUUGGCAAGGGCAGCGCUGGUGGUCAGUGCCAUGCCGAUGGUCAGCACUGUGCCGAUGGUCAGUGCCAUGCUGAUGGUCAGUACCAUGCCGAUGGUCAGUGCCAUGCCAACAGCAGCAGCGAGGGAGCCGUGUCCCGGGCCAGGAGCCGACAGGUGGUGAAUGGGGAGACCCUGCGGAAGGUGCACGAAGGCCACGCAGGGUUCCCAGAUGCAGCCCAGCUCCUGGCAGAUUGUGGCAGUGCCUCCGGGGUUCUCACCCGCCUCUCCUGGCUCUCACUUGGGGUGAAGACAGACCCUGUGUCACGCAGUCUGCUUCAGGACAGGGUCGAUGAGCUGCUGGAGCCUUCGGCCUGUCUGACGACCAGCAGGUGCAUGGGGGCCAAUGCUGCUGGAAGGAAGUUGCCCACAUCCCCUGUUGGAGCAGGCUUUGGCAAGGAGCUGGUGAGCAGCUCAGGGCUGGGUGCAGGGCAGCCCACAAGAGACACAGGAAAUGUGGCUCAGCAGGAGCCACAGCCUGCACAGGCUUCUCUUCCCAGAGAACAAGCUGCAGGGCUGGGGAAGGACUCCUGCCUGGCUCCAUCUGCAGGGCUUUCCAUCUCAUCGGUCCCAGUUCUCUUGGGGAAAGGAGCAGGAGACCACGGGGCUGCAAAACACCCCUUCCUCUGUUUUAACCCCGAGGAGAGUGAGCAGACCCCUCCGACCCCCAUCCCAGCCGGGCCCUUGGGAUGUUCCCCAGCACCACGUGGGCUGGGCAGCUGUGGCUGCCGGCUGCCCUACAUCAGCUGCUUCCCCCAGCCCUACAACCAGGGGGAAUGUGAAACCAGCCCCCCCCAGUUCCCAGGGCCCCUCACCACUCCACCAUCCAGCAGCUGCAGCCUUCGCAGGACCCCUAGGAGCAGUUUCCCAGUCUCCCUUGCUGGGAACGUGGCAGGACAGGACCCUCACAUCCAAGUGCUCGGGCAGCUGAAGGACCAGGCAUGGAUGAGCCCUGCAGAUUUUUCCCGCUUCCUAGCCUACACUGCAGAGCUCCAGGAGGUUGUAGGGAAGCUCUGUGGGAACCAGGCAACCCACCUGCAUGACCAGUGUGCAGAGCAGGGUGCAGAGAGCAAGGGUGCCCUGGGCUGGGCUUCCCAGGACCUGCUGUCUAGCUGCCAGGCACUCCUGAGCAUGGAGCAGCCUCUCACAGAGGUGCAGUGUGCACUGAGAGCAACGUUUGACCGCCUGGUUCACCUGGCAGUGACCUGCUUCCAGGUGACACACUGCCAGCAGUGCAGGCAGAGACAGCAGGAGCUGGGAGCUGCGCUGGGGGAUGUGGUGGGCACCUACCAGCAGCUGGUGCAGGCUCUGCACCAGCAGCUCCAUGGACAAGUCUGCCCUGAGUUGGGCACCAAGCUCCUUGCCCGCCAGCACACAGCCCUAUCAGCUGCCAUCUUCUGUCUCCUGCAGCAGUUCAGGGCAUCCCCGUGGCUGUGACAGGCGGGGUGGGGGCACACGAGGGCACUGAUGGGGACAGAGCCCAGAUGUGCCCUCUGUCCACCUCACACGCUCCACAGGCAAUGUUUAGCCCAGGAUGGCUGUGGGAGAAUAUGCCCACACACAUUGGCUGGGCUCCCCAAGAGCAGCCAUGCCCCAGGGGCUCUUGGAGCACUUCAGUGUGUGUCUUGCCCAGGGCCUGUCCCUUGCCUCCCACAGACUGUGUAGGUGGUGAGUCUCACAGUGUUGUCUCAGCUGCCUUUGAUGCCUAAUGGCCUUUGUCACCCUUGAGGAAGAGUGAGAAGCCUCUCUUUCAGCCUGCCUUUUCACUCUGCUCUCCAGGCAGGUUCUGAACUAAAGGGAUGUCAAAUCCCACCCAAUGUGAAGGCUCAAUGUGAAGGACCCCAGGUGGCUUUCCCCACCUUCUGUGGCUGAGGGAACACAGUGAUCCCAUAUUCAGCUGCUUUUCCUUAUCCAGAGAGGGUCAUCUCAGCCAGGACAGUGCUGCUCUGCAGCCCUGUGCUGGUGAGCCAGACAGGCCCUCGAGAGCUCUCCCCCACCAUUGGAGCAGCUCACGGCUCGGUGUCUGCCAGAGGAAAGGGCGAGCCCUGACACCGUAAUGCUGCGGUCAGAGCUGUGCGGGGACCGCCACAGGCUCCCCCAGCAAGGACCAGCCCUAUCCCCCUCGAGCAGGUGCCACUCACCCUGGCCAGGUGUGAGCUGGGAGGGGGUUUUGCUGUGCAUUCCUGUGAGGCAGCACUGCAGUACCCUUAGAUGGAGGGGCAGAGGCCAGUCCCUCGUUGCUGAGGUCCAGCCUGGGGAUAUUGGGGGGUAUCUGCCUUUCCCCAAGGAGCUACUACAGCCCAGGGGGUCUGCACUAGGCAGCUGAGGAGCACCGGUGAGCUUGAGUGAUGGCACCACCUCUCCCAAAGCACUGGGGACAGGAGUGUCCCCUGGCUCUGCGACACUGAUGGGGAUCAUUUCCACAUCCAGCUUGCCAAGAGCCACCAGGGCACAGCAACAGGCGCUGGGCAACACUGACACCGUAACACUUGGAACCCCUGUUGUGGCUUAACCUCUGGUGAACCUCUGGCUUGGGUUAAACCACAACAGCCCCCAGCUGCUCCUGCAGACCCACUGUCACACACACUUGGACACAAGCCCCAGGGCUUUGAAAGGGUCUUGCUGUGAGAGAGGAAUGAAAACACAUAACCAAACUUACCUCAGAUGACCUUCAGGUCCUGCUGCCAUGGGCCAUGAGGUUUUAGGGCCCUUUUGGCAGCAAUGGCUGAGGUAAUGUACGGACUCAGUUGCACCAAACACACUUCCUGCUGUGGCUGUGCAUGUGGCACUGCUCUGUGCAGGGUACAGCCAAGCCCAGGUACCUCCCAGCAGGGACACGGGGGUCAGGGACCUCUGUGUGUCAGAUGUGACAAGGUACCACUCAUCAGUAACUGUAUGGACACAAUGGGGAUCUAAACCUUUUAUUUUAUAUUAGAUGCAUACAACUAGCCAAAGGCUUCAACAACUCACUAAGUCUUCACUGGGUUUAAGCUGUUGGCACAUAGUGCCCUUGGGAACUGCUCGCCAUCCCGCAAUCUCCUGCAGGAGCAGGACUGUCCUGUCCCAUGGUAGGGGCUUUUCCUUGCCCAUAAGCUUUGCAAUCCUAACUUCACCUUACUCUCUGUUUCAAUAAAAUGACAAAAACACCCUAAAGCUCUCCCCCCCAUCCCAGAACAAGUGUAGGUAUAGGAGUCACAAACAAGUUUUGCAAAGAAGCAAAACUGAUUCCUGUCAGUUUUCACUUGAUACUAGGCUCCACCAACUUUUCUUUCCUGCUCAGGGACAUGGGGGAUGUCCAGCACCACAUUCCUGAGGUAGAAGGUGUUGCUCCAACAACAUCCUCACACUGCUGGAAACAGCUGUCUCCUGUGCACAUUCAUGCUGGUGCUUCCUGCCUGUGCAGCUCCUCAUCACAAAAUAAAGAGUUUUCUUGGGCAGCA